ACAACUCCAAUCGAGCGAACGUCGAAAUCAUAAGUGAAAAGUUUUUGCUUCUCCAUUCAGCCCGCUACAGAGUGCAUAAGUGUUCUAGACCGAUUUUCUCCGAAAAUCAUCGUCAAGCCAAAUUACUGGACUAACCACGAUGAUUGGGAAUCUAGCAAAGCUGUCGUUCGUUCGCGGAGUGUCCCAGAGCGUUGCUAGUGGUCUGAAGGCAGCUGCCGUUCCGGUCAUAGUUGCUGCGGAUCCAACCGUUGCAGGUCCGACCACGGUCGUAGCCAGCUCUCCGAACAGAUCGCUACCCCGAUUUGUUGUCCGGGUUGUGUCUGGAGUUGCAGCUACUGGUCAAAUCCGUUUGGCCCAUACUGACAUCCAGGUGCCGGAUUUUUCCGAUUAUCGCCGAGAACAGGUGAAACGACCGAACGCUAAGAAUGACUCUGCUGAUGACCGCGCUGCUUUCACUUACCUGAUGGUUGGCGGAGCCGCUGUAAGCACUGCUUAUGUUGCCAAAGCGAUAGUUUCAACAUUUGUUUCAUCAAUGAGCGCCUCUGCCGAUGUGUUAGCCAUGGCCAAAAUUGAAAUCAAGCUUGGCGACAUACCUGAGGGUAAGUCUGUUACCUUCAAAUGGCGUGGUAAACCACUUUUCAUUCGUCACCGCACCGGGGCUGAAAUUGCAACGGAGCAAGCUGUUAACACUGGCACCUUGCGAGAUCCCGAAAGCGACUCUGAUCGCGUCAAGAAUCCGGAAUGGCUGGUUGUUAUUGGUGUGUGUACGCAUCUUGGCUGUGUGCCAAUUGCAAACGCUGGUGAUUUCGGCGGAUACUAUUGCCCGUGCCACGGAUCCCACUACGAUGCCUCCGGUCGCAUUCGCAAAGGACCAGCGCCCCUAAAUUUGGAGGUUCCGUACUACGAAUUCCCAGAAGAUGAUCUUGUAGUUGUUGGUUAGAUAAUUAGGUGGUGAACUAAUCAUGCUUUAGUAAUAGAAGCAACCUUUAAACAAGCCGAUCAUUGGCAUACGAUAAUGAAAAAUUUAAUGCAUCAGCGAAACAAGUUUAGCUGAAAACUAAUUGUAAAAAAUUCUUGAGAAUAUCUUGCAUUAAAGGUGACUUCCCUAAGAA